UGUUGGUUUAGCAGCGAAACAAAAUAGAAUACGGAAUAUUUCAAAUACAGUCAUUAAAGUGAAGCAAAUCCUUGGCAGAAGUCAAGCAUGCAGCCAUUAACUCAGAGAGGACGGAGACAGUUGGUUCCCAGAAACGGGCCGGGGCCCCGUAAAGCUCUCCCAAAGCCUUCAGCAUCUCCCCAGGCCGCCCAGCAUCCUCCCGACCCCAGUCCCCCCUCCCACGCCCUCGGGGUCACCCCAAAGAGCAGCGCCGGAGUGCACUGGUCCCGCCAGGAGACCCGCACCCUCCUGGCCAUCCUGGGCGAGGCGGAAUACAUUCGGCAGCUUCAGACGGUACACCGCAACGCCGCCGUCUACCGGGCCGUGUCCGAGAGGAUGCAGCAGGAAGGCUUCCAGAGGACCGAGCACCAGUGCCGUUCCAAGUUUAAAGUUCUGAAAGCUCUGUACCUGAAGGCUUCCGACAGCCAGACGUCCAGGCUGGGAGACCCCCGGCGCUGCCCGUUCUACGACACCUUAGACCACCUUCUCAGAAGUCGGCUGGCGUCCGGGGCAGACGGACUGACGGAAGAUCCGACCCGGACCGAGCGACUGGAGCCAAACGUAACGGCCCGGCGGGACACCCCGGGGGAGGUGGAAAGCGGGGACUUGAAGGCCGAAGAUGAUGAGGAAGUAGAACUGUGGCCCUCCUGGAGAGACGCCGAAGACCUGGACGGGGCCUCCCAGCUGAGCUCGAGUGUCAGUGAUCUGCUGGCUGAGCCGGGUGCUCUGGAGGAUGCCUGGGAGGCUGCAUCCGGUGCAGGCUGCUCUCAAGCUCCCCCCGGCUGCAGCAGCUCCCACUGUCUACUCCCGGUUGCGGUAGCCGCCGGUCACGGCUGCGGCGGCGAGGCGAGAAGAGGCGGGUCCCGGGAGUCGACGGCCCGCGCCGGCACCGACUGCUGCCCCCCGGGGCUGGCUUCGCCACAGCCGCCGCAGGGCGCUCCCCCCGAGGUCGGCCCCGCGGCUGACGGCGGGGAGCGGACGUCACCCAGACAGCCGCCCCGCGGGAGGACGAGACGAAGACGGCGCUCGGUAGCCAGCACUAUUGCUCUUGAGAUGGCCGAAAACCGGAGGCUUGCCCGCGUGCUGGCCGAGCGCAUGGAGGAGCGCCUGGACAGGCUGAUUGCCAUCGGCGAGCAGGCCAACGCCCAACAGGGGGCUGCCAACGAGCUGCGCAGGGAGGCGGUGGUUGCAGCCACCCGUCUGGCUACGGCAGUGGAAGGGGCCACCGGCGCCCUACAUCGAGGGCUCGAGAAAUUGCUUCAGAAAUUAAUGGCCGGCAACAAGAGUUAGACGGCGGGUGGGGGAGUUGGAGGGACCCCGGGGAGCUGAGCGCCUAUGGCUCCAGAUCCUCGGCCUCCAACUCUCCCCGACUCUUCCUCUUGUACCCGGCCCUCACUGAGUCGGUUAGAAGGGACGGCGUUGGGACCGCAGGCUUCCGGUCCGCUUCCUGCCCCGGGGGGCGGUUGGGGGGAGCCCGUCCCGAUCAGCGGAGGGGAGGGCGGCCGUUGCCGGCACCAAAGAGUACCGAAUACCGGAGGUCCCUUGGCUGAGCAAUAGGCGUAAGUUGUGUUAGCCGGGCCACGUAACGGCAUCACGAGGACAAGCGAAACGGCCCUUCAGGGAACUGGCAAACCUGCGCGGUUUCCAAGCGUGUCGCCGGCCGGACCCCGACUCCCACCGUCUCUGCCGAGCCGUCGCGUUCCCCUCAGAGCCUCUGCUUCUGAUCCGGGGGUGUUCGGCCACGGGGGCCGAGGCGGAGGGACAGUACCGGGGCCGGGGGGGGACCGGAUCGACCACCUGAGAACGGGACCAGCGCCCGCCCCAUUGAAGGGCCUUCCUGACAGGUGGCCCGUGACUGAGGUAGGACCAGGGUAGGGCACGUCCGUUUUCCACGCGGAAAAAUGUACCUCUUCGUGGCGAUCUCAACUCGGUAGAGCCAAAGAUUUUAUUUUGUGUCCUGUGUAUCGCCUCAUGAGUUCCUGAUAAAUUUAUGCGUGGUCCUUACUUUUACGAAGCUUCUGCUUUCUAGAACACCAAAUGGAUAUAUCUUUGGGCAUUGUUCUCUACGGGUUUGGUUCUGAUAAAGUUUAAAAAAUCUGGCCUGGUGUUUGGGGUGUGGUUGUCAGGUGUACUUGGAAUGAAGCGAUCCUUGUAGUUUGUCAUUUUCCUAGACGAGGUAAGAUUUAAAGAAACAUUGAAUGGGGGGGGGAGGGAGAAAGACCUUUUGAAGAAGGAGUAGUUGAGUUUCCUGUGACAAACUAAAGCUGGAACCAUCCAGCCUGGAAUGUCAGUCAGACCCAGAGAGGAAGUAGGUGACAGAAAGGUAGAUGUGUAUGUCAUCUACUUGAAAAGGUUCUUAGUCACGUAGGGAAAUGAAUGGUUGUGGGCGACACAGGUAGAGUACCAAGGAGAAUUUUCACCAUGCAGAAUGGGCUGGAGGAAGAAAAGGAACCCGAUGCCAAAGGAGUGGUCUGUGAGGAAUGAGGCGAGCGUGGGGCCUCGUAAUUGAAGAUGCGGAGGUAAUGAGCAGGGCCGAAAGCGUGGGGCAGGUUGAGCCAAGUGAGAGACGCUGGCCCAAGCGGCGGUGGCAAACACCAGCCUCUGCCUGCCAAACACCGAUGCCAGUUAGGUACCCUCUGGGCCAACUCGGUCUGUGUUGUUUUUCUGUUUACUGACUGAUUCCAAUGUGGAUAAAUAAAAGUUUUGUUUGUA